AUGCAUGAUGUGGAAGAUAUCUUAGAGGUCAUCUACACCAAUGUCUUGCUCAGGGCAAGUGAGAAUCCUCAACUGGUGGAAACUACAGACUCCAUACUGCUGUCGGAGGAGGGAUUGAACUCCGUUUCUCAGUUGGCUCGGCGGGUCCAAGGAGCUGGAGCCAAAGGCUGGAGGACCAUGUCCUCUUUGUUCAGUCGGGAGGAUGAAGAUCAGUUGCUGGCUCCUGAACCAUCUGCAGACCAUCCUCUAGCUGUAAAACCAGCAGAAGAAUCACCUGAGAAGAAGACCGCUGGCCUUUGGGAUGUUUUUGCUACUAAGUGGCAGCAAACUUCAGCUCUGGAAAAAAUGACUGCCAAGGUGGACCCCAGGGAGGAAAUGGUUGAGGGCAGUGGGGGGUCUGGGGUGAUGCCAGCUGAGGAAGUCAGUGACCUUGGCCAUGACAAUGAUCUCCGAGAAGCUGAAGGGGUGGCCUUCAAGUGGAGCUUCCUAACCAACAAACUGGCUGAGCUGAAGAACAAGAAUAUUCCCAAAAGUAACUAG